AUUUGAUCUCAUCUUCUGCUCCAACUUUUUAGCAGUUUAAUCUUUUUUGAAUAUCAAUUUCUUCCAUCCUCUCUCUCUCUCUCUCUCUCUGGUGGAAGCGAGUCAUGCCUGCUGAGACUCAGACGCACGACUCAGAAGACGACGGCUGCUUCUCCUCCUCGAAGCCGCUGCCGUCGAUCCGGGCGAGAGAGAUGAAGAGCCCGCUCGACCACGGCGAGGAGUUGAUCAAGGCGAUCACGGAGCGCAAGCGAAACGCCAAGACGAAUGCAUCGAAAGAGCAUGGUAAACCGGCUGCUGCUCCGUCGAGCGGCAGAACAUGCAUCUGCUCCCCGACGAGCCACGCAGGCUCCUUCCGGUGCCAUCUCCACAGAGAAAAUCAAGCCACCAAAUCAUCCUCGACGAACUCCGAACAGCCUCCUGCUACCGCAACCGAGACCAAGUUCGGGCGCCGACACUGCUCGUUCGGUAGCCCGCAUCUGCUGUCGAGAUUCGGGAGGAGCUCCACCACCACGACCUUCAUGUGACGGACAUUCCCGUGAGUUCUCGGCAAAGGCUAAAUGCACGAGUUCGAGUUGAGGCUUGAGAGGGGUGGUUUCAGAGCCCUCUCAGGUUUUUUGUAAAUAGUCUUUUCAUCAUUCUUUUGCAGUUCUAAUCUUUCCAUGCUCGUCGCAUUAAAAAAGUCCUGGGGUUUGGGCGAACCCUUUAUGUAAAGCCAUGUUCUAGCUCGGAACAGAGGCUGUUGGUAUAAAGACGUGCAGUUUACUCGGGAAUAAACCUGCAUAGAAGUGUCUGCAUCAGAGUCCCAAAGAUCGAUUUUGCCGCCAUGAGCGCGGCGAUCUCGAGGAAGAAUGAUAUUUUGUCAUUCGGCUGGAAGAGCAAAGUCCAGCGUUUUCCAGUUAAUUGUAGUACUUUACUCCUCACAUGUUGUGGGCUUGACAAGAUUGUGAGAGAAUGAAUGCUAAGUGUAUGACCUGGACUUGGUA